AAGUCAACUCAUAUGCACUCUUUGUAUUUCUAAAAUUGAUAAUCAAUUGAAAUGGGUUGAAACCCUAAAUUGAAGAAGCUCCGUUUGUUGGUCUCAAAACUCUCUCUGAUAGACAUUCCUCUCCUCAAUCAUCGCUCAAAUGUCAUUCUUAAGGUUCACCUUUCGAUCUUCUUCUUCUUCUUUUUUUGUUUCCUUCUUAAGGCGAUUAUACUCUCACUCUCCAUUUCAUGUUAAUAAUAAUAAUGCUGAUGAUGCUAUUUCCUCAUUCAACCGCAUGCUUCGUAUGAAUCCAACCCCAUCCAUUGUUGAAUUUUGCAAGAUUUUAGCUUCCCUUGUUAAGAUGAAACAUUACCCCACUGCUAUUUCACUUUCUCACCAAUUGGAAUUUAAUGGAAUUAGGCCAGAUAUUGUUACUUUCAACAUCUUGAUCAAUUGUUACUGCCACGUUCCUCAAAUGUCUUUUGCAUUUUCUAUAUUAGCUAAGAUUCUCAAGUUGGGUUAUCAGCCCAAUGUCAUAACCUUAAAUACUCUUAUCAAUGGUCUGUGUUUCAACGGUAAGGUCAAGGAAGCACUGCAUUUUCACGACCAUGUGAUUGCACAUGGAUUUCACCUCAACCAAGUUAGCUACGGGACCUUGAUCAAUGGACUGUGUAAAAUUGGAGAAACAAGGGCUGCCUUGCAAGUUCUAAGACAAAUUGAAGGGAAAUUGGUCAAACCUGAUGCAAUGAUGUACACCACAAUUAUUGACAGUUUGUGUAAAGAUAAGUUUAUAAGAGAUGCUUACGAUUUAUAUUCUGAAAUGAUUGCAAAGAAUAUUUCUCCUGAUGUUUUCACUUACACUUCUCUAAUAUAUGGAUUUUGCAUUGUUGGUCAGUUGAAAGAAGCAUUUGAUUUGUUCCAUGAAAUGCCAUUGAAAAACAUCAACCCAGGUGUUUAUACUUUUACUACACUGGUCGAUGCUCUAUGUAAAGAAGGAAAGGUGAAACAAGCUAAAAAUGUGAUAGCUGUGAUGAUGAAAGCAGGCGUGGAACCUAAUGUUGCUACAUACAGUUCAUUAAUGGAUGGGUAUUGCCUAAUCAAUGAAGUGAAUAAGGCCAAAGUUAUAUUCAACACUAUGGCCCAAAGACGAGUGAUACCUAACGUUCAUUGCUACACUGUGUUGAUUAAUGGGCUGUGUAAAAUUAAAAUGAUGGAUGAAGCCAUAAAUCUAUUUAAAGAAAUGCAAGACAAGAAGAUUAUUCCUAAUACAGUGACUUACAAUUCUCUUAUUGAUGGUUUGUGCAAAUCAGGGAGAAUCUCUCAUGCUUGGGAGCUUCUUGUUGAGAUGCAAGAUAGGGGUCAACCUGCCAAUGUAAUCACUUACAAUUCUUUAUUACAUGCUUUAUGUAAAAACCAUCAUGUUGAUAAGGCAAUUGCAUUGGUCAAGAAAAUUAAAGACAAAGGCAUUCAACCAGAUAUGCACACAUACAAUAUACUCAUGGAUGGACUUUGCAAACAAGGGAGAUUUCUGGACGCACAAGUGAUUUUUAAUGAUCUUUUGAUUAAAGGCUACAAUGUUACAGUCCCCACAUAUAAUAUUAUGAUCCAUGGUCUUUGUUCUGAGGGCUUGUUUGAUGAUGCUGAGUCCCUACUGUUAAAAAUGGAAGACAAUGGCUGUGUUCCUAAUGCUAUAACUUAUGAAAUAAUUAUCCGUGCUCUCUUUGAAAAUGAUGAGAAUGAUAAGGCAUUGAAACUUUUACAUGAAAUGAUUGGCAGUGGUCUAAUGUAAGAGGAGAACCAGUUUGAGUAAAAGUUUCAAUUGGUUCUAAUGCAGGAAUGGAUAUACACGAGCUCAGUAUUUUGAGGAUAUGAUACUUCUCAGUCCUCACUCAGCUUAAGGAUUCUUGGUUAGCAUCAGCAAAGUCUUUUUUUUAAUCAACUUGUUGUUUUUCCUGUUCUACUAUUGUUUCAAUUAGUCCAAUUUCCGUUGUAAAUUUAUACUUGUUGAACAUCUGCUGUUCUUUCAAUUUUCCCCAUAUUUUGCUUGUUUAUUCUUCAUUGAUACGACCAAGCUGUGCAAAUCAUAUUCCAUCGUCUCCCAGUCAAAUGUACUAGUUAUCUCACGAGUCAUCAAUGCUAAACAUGUGGCAAGCAUUUUAGAACUUGAUGAUCUAUCUAGUACCUACUGUGAUUGUUUUGAAGUACAUAUUGUGUUUAAUCUGGUUUGUUGCGCUCUAUCGGACCACUCAAGUUACGCUCUAGAUGUUCAUUCCUGAGUGUGGGUGGAGUGUGUUAAGAGUCUCAUGUUAUAUAAUAUAAGGUCUGAAAAUAAUUUUAUAAUUGGGCUAGGACUGUUCAGUUCAGAUAGAUAACUAAACCGAACCAUAACAAUGGUUCAGAAGAACUGAACCGAAAUGCUAUAGUCUUCCUCCGAACCGAACUGAACCGGAUUAAUGGUUCGGUGAACCAGUUCUUAAUUUCGAACCGAACUGUUGUCAUACAAUUUUUUUUCCAAACCAAACUGUUAUUUUUUGGGUGAACUGAACUGUGUUUAAGACGUCCUUAUGUUGCUAGUAAUAAUGUAACAUCAUAUUUAAAGCUUUACCACAAGAUGUAUUCUGGCCUUCUAUGAUUCUUGAAUUUCAUUUGGACUGUAACUCUAUUCUAUUUUAGCCGACUGUGAAGUUUAUCAUGCAAAUAUAUUCACAAAGCUGCCAUAUUCUGUGAGCUCAGGUUCUCUCCAUAUGCAAGAUAGGGGUAUGUUUACUAACUCUUCCUUUGUUUCAGGCUCAAAGGGAUGAAAUAAUACUAUGUUAUUUUAGAAUAUUUUCUGUCCCUAAAUCUAAAAAAAUGAGGUGAAAAAUAUCUGGUUAAAAGUCAAUUUUUCUCCUUCUUUCGAAUAGACACAUCAAAUGUCUUGAAGCUAGUUUUAGACCACAUGAAGAGACCAAUAAUGCAAAGUUGUUAAACUGCUGUUAUAGUGGCUCUAUUGCGUAGCAGAAUUUUAAUUAAUCACUAUUGUUCUGCGUUUCGCUAUUUAGUACGAAGUGUUGCAAAUGCUGGCGUCACAGAUUUUUAACAAACCGCUAUUUUCCAAGACCCGCGAUUGACAACACUGAUAAUGAAAAGUAAUAACCUUACUUACCUAUGAUGGCCUGUGGUUUGUU